CUGUCUGUUAGUUAGGUCCAUUCUACUAUUUCCUACUCAUUCGUACAGAUAGACCAGUAUUAAUGUCAUGAAUCGUUUUGAUGACUUUUAAAUAAGUUUUGAUAGUAGUAAACAGUCUAAAUUAUUUUUAUUAUUUUUGUACAAUGAGUGAUGUCGAAUUAAAUAAUAAACAUCUAGAAAUCAAUCCUUCAAAUGGUGGUGCUAAUCAAGACUCGUCAAGAAAAGAAUGGGUUAAGUUUGAUGACGAUAGUGGACAAACAAACCUAAAUAUCCCUUUAGAAACCAAGGUAAUUACUGGAGUGGCAGCUACUUCAGUGGCAAGUACAUCAGAGUUCUCACCUCUACCAGCCAGAACAGAACCAGCAGCCGUAUUAAAAACUGAGACGGUGCAUGUAAAUCUCGAACGCGGAGAUCGAAAUACGGACCCUGUGACUCACAGUACUCUAAACAAGAAUGUAGAAUUUGUCAACGUACGUCAAGGAUUUUCAAAUGGUGAAAUAAUAGUGACAUUAUUGCCUGUUAACACCAAAUGGCCAUGGGUAACUGCAGCACAUUUUCGACCAGAACUAGUGCCAGAAGAGCUAAUGGCACAAGGACUUACUCUCACUGUUGAAGAAUAUGUUCAUGCAAUGGAACUACUUGUAAAUGAUGCACGUUUUACACUCUACAAUAUUUGUUACAAGAGAGUUCUAGUAUGUUGGAUAAGCCUUGCAUUUCUUGUAUUACUAGCUCUAUUGUUUUCUGGUUUAACAGGACUCUUUUUGUUCUCACUUGGAAUCCUAUGGCUUAUACUCAAUGCUGCUGCAAUCUUUUUAUGUAUGUGGAUAAAAUUAAAACUAUCAAAAGGACUCGAACAGUGCUUGGCAAGUGUGAAUAAAUUGCUCAAUAAACACAAAUUGGUAUUGGCUUUAGAUGACAGAGGGAAGAUAUCAUGUCAUAAAGUCAACUUAUGUUUUAUAUAUUUUGAUUCGGGACCUUGCAUUUCCCACAUACAGCAGUUCAUUGACAGUGAAGAAGGAAAAUCUAUAAUGCAAGGUUGGGAACAAAGACUAGAUGUAUCAACCAAUGACAUUGUAAUUCAAGGAAGUCAAUCAACUAGGCUAUCACGAAAACAGGGUAUGGCAGAGCAAGUGUACCUCCGGUAUCUGCAGCGGUGGGGCAAAGACUUCCUACGACGCCGUCUCGACUGGACUUUAGACGAGGAUGGCGGUAACCCCGCAGCGCCACGUCAUUUGCCACAAGCGCUCUGCGCUUGUCAGUAUGUUGAAGAAAUUUUGCGGAACAAAGAACCGAGAGAUACACGUGCUUGUUGUCCACUCUGCAACGAUUGGUUAAGACGCCGUGGUCUCGAUUGAACAAACUGCUUAACGUUUGGCAAGUUUGACAUUUUUGUUAUAUGGACAAAUAAAUCCUAUUUGCUGCACUUUAAAUUUAGAUAAUUGAUGGUGAUUAUUUUUUCAGGAGAGAGGUGCACUUCUAUAUUUGCGGUAUGUAAGUCGGUGGGGGAAAUAUGCUUUAAAAAACAGACUGAAUCUUAGUGUUACAGCACCUGGGC